CCAGGAAAGGCAGAAGCCCUAAGCUAUGCCCGAGUGGGCGGAGGGAUCCUCCUUUGGCCAUCACUGGCUCUCCUUUCAAGCUAUUUCUCAAUCAGCCUGUUCCCCCCCACCCUGAAGAAUAAAUGGGAUCUGAAAUGAAUUUAAUAGGACAUCACCAACUAGCCACUGCUGAUGGAUUUUCUCUUGCUGAAGGUCCUCAUUUGUUUGGUGUCCUUGCAGAGCCCAUGAGUUCUCCAGUGCAAGAGGCAGAUGUGUCACCUUACACCCAGUACAACAGUCUGCCAUUUCCUCAAGUUCAGCCUCAGAUCUCAUCACCACCUUAUUACUCCAACCUAGGCUUCUACCCUCCACAGCAUGAGGAGUGGUAUUCCCCUGGGAUGUAUGAGCUCAGGAGAAUCCCUUCAGAGACCUUUUUCACAAGAGAGACAGAGAUCAUGGAUAUUCCUGCAGCCAAAAAGCCAAGACUGGGUCACUCCACAGGAAGAGUGAAAGGAGAAGAGCUCUGUGUGGUCUGCGGGGACAAAGCCUCUGGCUACCACUACAAUGCUCUUACCUGUGAAGGAUGCAAAGGGUUCUUCAGACGAAGCAUCACGAAGAACGCAGUGUACAAGUGCAAGAACGGAGGCAACUGCGAGAUGGACAUGUACAUGAGGAGGAAAUGCCAGGAGUGCCGCCUCAGGAAAUGCAAGCAAAUGGGCAUGUUGGCUGAAUGUCUGUUAACAGAAAUACAAUGCAAGUCAAAAAGGCUAAGGAAAAAUGUGAAACAGCCCCCAGAUCAGACAGCCAAUGAAGACAACGAAGGCCAUGACAUGAAACAAGUGACAUCUACAACUAAAAUAUACAGGGAGAAAGUAGAAUUCACCCCAGAGCAGCAGAAUCUUCUUGAUUACAUCAUGGACUCCUACAGUAAACAACAAAUACCACAGGAAGUGUCCAAAAAACUAUUGCAUGAGGAAUUCAGUGCCGAAGGCAACUUUCUGAUCUUGACAGAAAUGGCCACCAGUCACGUGCAGGUUCUUGUGGAAUUCACCAAAAAACUCCCAGGCUUCCAAACCCUUGACCACGAAGAUCAGAUUGCUUUGCUGAAGGGCUCAGCAGUAGAAGCCAUGUUCCUCCGUUCAGCUGAGAUCUUCAGCAGGAAGCUUCCUACAGGCCAUACUGUCCUCUUAGAAGAAAGAAUUCGCAAUAGUGGUAUCUCAGAUGAAUUCAUAACUCCCAUGUUUAACUUCUACAAAAGUAUCGGCGAGCUGAAGAUGACGCAAGAAGAGUAUGCACUGCUCACAGCCAUAGUUAUUCUGUCUCCAGAUCGACAAUACAUAAAGGACAGAGAGUCUGUGGAAAGGCUUCAAGAACCCCUGCUCUAUAUCCUGCAGAAAUGCUGCAAGCUUCACCACCCAGAGAACCCCCAGCACUUUGCAUGUCUCCUGGGCCGUCUGACAGAACUACGGACAUUUAACCACCAUCACGCAGAGAUGCUGAUGUCCUGGAGAGUGAACGACCACAAAUUCACACCUCUGCUCUGCGAGAUCUGGGAUGUGCAGUGACAGCUGCUCUUUAGUUUCCUCUAGGAGAAAUACCUUCUUAAAGGACCACGUAGCAUUUCUUUUCACAGGGGAAAAAAAAAACCCAGCCCACAGUACACUAAAUUUUCUUUACUGUAUUUUUAUGGGAACGUGCCAAGGGUUCAUUAAUUUUGUUCACUCUGCACAGAACACUGUAGAGCUAACAGACCUUCACUAUAACCUUCUUUGUAUUUAUACUCUCUGAUCAGAAAGAGUUCACCAGCUCCUCAGAGGAACCCUCUUAAUCCCUUGCUGUAAUUAAGUCGACUGCAGUUGCUGUUCCUCUUGACAAAUGGGGAAAUGUAGGUUUCCAUUCGUAGUUUUCCAUCGUGGCCUCCCUUAAAGGAUCUAUUUCAGAUAUUUACAGUAAUAAACCAGCUGAAAUGGUUCAUGCCAUA